AUGUUCACAAAGAAAAGAAAGCUUCCAGAGUUUGAAACCGUGGCAUUAACUGAGGAAAGUAGUGCAAGAGUCCAGAGAAAAUUACCUCCUAAAUUGAAGGAUCCAGGGAGUUUUACUUUACCAGUUUCAAUUGGAAAUUCCUAUUCAGCUAAGGCAUUGUGUGACACUGGUACUAGUAUCAAUCUAAUGUUGUAUUCUGCUUAUAGGAAAUUGGGACUAGGUGAAGUCAACUCAACAUCAAUAACACUACAACUCGCUGAUGGAACAAGGCCACGUGGCAAAGUUGAGGAUGGAAGUUUGGAGAUAAUUGUGGAUUUCGUGUGUGUUAAUUUUUGUGUGGAUUAUCCCAAUGAGGACAACUUUAAAAAUCUCAUUGUGAAUCGUCUCUUCAUAGCCUUUAUGACUCCAGUGAUUAAGCUU